GACAGACUUCUUCUCUACAUUUCGUUUUACGUGUAUUUUAAUAUCUUUCACACUGAAUCCCUCAAAAGCAGAACAAAUCCACAAUUUCGUGUUAAUUAAGUUCUUUCCUUCUUUCCCCUUGGCUCACCCCUUAACCCACCCAAUUUUCCUCUUCCCUGGACCCUAGUCAUUGCUUAUCUGUAAUUGUCUGUUUCUUAGGGGCGAUUAUUUUUCUGGGGCUACUUACCUUUUAUGUUUUCUCGACCAAUAUUCAAGUUACCUUAGUCGUGCUCUUAUUUGAGAAUUGGGUCACUUUGAAUUCUUCAAAAGGAUCGGGAUAUUGGUAUCUCUUCAUUGAAAAACCUUGAAUUUCGAUGUUUGAUGAGUUGGGUAUUCAGUGAUUUUCCGUUUUCUUUGGUAUUCUUUUCGAUCAAGGUUGAAAUUUGAAGCAAGGUGGGCAAUUUAGGAUGAGUUUUUAGUGGUGAAUUUUAACUGUGAAGGAGUGCUUUUUUGUUGCUGCUCAUAGUUGUACAGAGAGCAACAUGGGUUGUGUAGGGUCUAAGCGUUCGGUUAGGGAAUAUAGCUAUGGUGGCUCGAAAGAGAGGCUGACACGAAAGGAAUCAGUAGAGAAGCUUGUUUCGCGGGAGAAUUCAUCCAGAAGACAUGAGGUUGUUCGAUCAAGUGAUAGAUUUGAUGCUGGUGACAUAAAGGUUAUGUUGAUUAAUAAGAAAGAGAGUGGUUCAUGUCGGUUCUCUGAUAAUCAUCAGGUUGAGAAGAGCAUGAAUAGGUUUGAGGGGAUUGAGAAAAAGAGUGAAUUGACUAUUGUUGGUCAUCCUGGACCUGGUUCAGGGAGGCUGCCAAAUAGCACAGAAGGAGAGCUGGUUCUGGCAGGGUGGCCAUCUUGGCUUGCUGCGGUUGCAGGUGAUGCCAUCAAGGGAUGGAUACCACGGAAAGCAAAUACCUUUGAGAAGUUGGAUAAAAUUGGUCAAGGAACUUAUAGCAGUGUUUAUAGGGCACGUGAUGUCCUUCAUAAUAAACUUGUUGCUUUGAAAAAAGUACGAUUUGAUAAUCAUGACCCAGAGAGCGUGAAAUUUAUGGCAAGGGAGAUUAUUCUGCUACGAAGGCUUGACCAUCCAAAUGUAAUUAAAUUGGAAGGCUUGAUCACAUCCCCAAUGUCAUGCAGCAUGUACCUUGUUUUUGAAUAUAUGGAACAUGAUCUUGUGGGACUUGCAUCACUUCCUGGGAUCAAGUUUUCAGAGCCUCAGAUUAAAUGUUACAUGAAGCAACUUCUAAGUGGCCUUGAUCAUUGUCACAGUCACGGUGUCCUUCAUCGUGACAUAAAGGGUUCAAAUCUUCUCAUUGACAGUAAUGGAAUUUUGAAGAUUGCGGAUUUUGGAUUAGCAAGUUGUUUCGACCCUUUUCAUAGUGGUCCAAUGACAAGCCGUGUGGUGACUCUUUGGUAUCGACCACCAGAACUUCUACUUGGAGCCUCUUAUUAUGGAGUUGGAGUAGAUUUAUGGAGUGCUGGUUGCAUUCUUGGGGAAUUAUAUGCUGGCAAGCCUAUUUUACCUGGGAAAACAGAGGUUGAGCAAUUACAUAAGAUUUUUAAGCUAUGUGGCUCCCCAUCUGAGGAAUAUUGGAGAAAAUCAAAACUACCUCAUUCAACAGUUUUCAAGCCUGCAAUACCAUACAAAUGUCGUGUUGCUGAAACAUUUAAAGACUUUCCUUCUGCUGCUUUAGGUCUGGUAGAGACAUUGCUUUCCAUAGAUCCUGUUCAUCGAGGAACAGCAGCUUUUUCUCUGAAGAGUGAGUUCUUUACAACAGAACCUCUUGCUUGUGAUCCAUCAAGUUUACCCAAAUAUCCUCCCAGCAAAGAAAUUGAUGCUAAGUUGCGGGAUGAAGAAGCUAGAAGGCAAAGAGCAUUUGGGAGCAGGGGCCAAAGAAUUGACAUCGAAAAGAGAGGACCAAAAGAGUUGCAGGGAAUUUCAAGAUCUAAUGCUAAUGCUGAACUAGCUACAUCAAUGCAGAGAAGACAGCAGAAUCCCAAUUUGACAUUCAGGACUGAGACAUCCAACUUGAAUAAGUCAGGUCGUGCUUCUGGUUUUCUGAUUGACCCCACUCGAAAAUCACAAGCUGUAAGAGAAGGGAGUAGAGAUUUCUUAGAAUAUAAUAGGAAGAAAGUUUCAUAUUCUGGUCCAUUAGUUAAUGGGGCUGGAUGGGGAAAGCCUGCAAAGGAACUUGAUGAUGCUCAUAUGUUUCCAGAGCGAGCCAACUUAUCUAAAUUGUCUGGUUUGGUCACAUCUAGAACUCUGGCUUCGGAUGAACAGAAGGAAAGUUCUUGUCAGCUACCUCCGGAAAUAUCAAACCAACUUGGCAGGGCUAAUCAAUCAUUUAGUGAAUCAGAGUCUGCAGCAAAGCAGGAUCUUAGAUCCCGUACACAGAGGGUUGCAGAUUCCCCCCAGAUGGGAGGUGGAAGAACCUGCAUUAAGGAACCAAUUCUGCAGCCUGGUCGUGGUUCCCAUGGAAACAAGAUUUACGUCUCUGGUCCAUUGCUUGUAGAAUCGGACACUGUUGACCAGAUGCUCAAAGAGCAUGAUCGCAAUAUUCAAGAAUUUGCUCGACGAGCAAGACUUGACAGGAAGAAACCUGGAAAAGUGCAAGCUCAAGGGAAGCAGAUGGUGUCUGCUCGUGGAGCUGGAUAGAUUACAAUAAGACGUAUCUCCUCUCAAGUGGCGGAGCUAGAAAAAUUAGCUAAAGUAAUGCUCAGAGAGCUAAAUUCGGUGAAGAUAACUUAUGUAUGGUUAGUGCAGCUUAAUUCUUUUUUAUUUCAUAAGGUUAUAGAGGUGGUAGUAUACAGUUGAUUCUUUCAGUUAGCAGCAAGCAAUGGGCAAAUACUUGGUAAUUAUUGCCUUGUCAAUAAUAGAAUCAAUAGAAAUCUAGAAAAUGAUCCAAUUUUUGAGAAUGCUUCUACUAGAUCCUCUUAUUAUGUUGUAUCAUAUUACUUCCCUAGUUCCCUUGCUUAAAACAAUGUAGUUUUAGAUACUUGGAAUUUUAAUUUUUUAAGAAAUAUUAGUAGUACCU